GGAGCAGAGGCACCACGAACACCUCUCGCUCGCUUACUCUAGUGUAUCGCGAGAGAUCACGGCGCUGUUCAGAAUCAGGCGCGAACGGUUGUUUACUCUGUGUUAAUUCCCAUUGUUCAAAAUCACCAGCCAAAGAAAUCCCCCCAAAAACAAAAUGGAGUUGAUCAUUAUCUUUAUCUCGCUCACCUCAUUCGCCGCUGCCAUGAGAGGAAACGCUAUUACAGACGAUGGGGCGGCAAGAGGACCCGUCGACUGCAGUGCCGAGAGGGACGUGGGCUCUUGUGCUAGCCAGGAGGAGGCCUGGUAUUACAACGCGGAGGCGGACAAGUGCCACUUCUUCGUGUACUCGGGCUGCGGCGGCAACACUAACAGGUUCCCCAACAGGAUGGCUUGCGAGGAGUCGUGCCAGAAGCUGCGGUGCCCUGAGCUCGACUGCCCCUACAGCUGCACGCGAGGCAAGACGAAGACGGGAUGUGACACCUGCAACUGCACUUCCGAGGAAGCCACGUACGUAUGCGGGCAGCCGGAGCAGCGCGGGUACUGCCGGGCGCUGCACCACCGAUGGGUCUGGGACGCCAAGCAGAGGACCUGCUCCCUCUUCGUCUACGGCGGCUGCGGUGGCAACGAGAACAACUUCGAGACCGAGGAGACGUGCCUCGAAGUGUGCUCGAGGACGUAAGGCCUAACUUCAGGAGGAAAAGGAAAGCGGGAGUAAGGAAGAACGAGUCUGCAGAUGUGUCAGUAUUUCUUCAAAGGAAUGUUGUUCUCAGUGUGUGUGCAGUAUACUGGACAGUGCCCUGUGUUAGGGUCAUGUCGUCAUCUUCAGUGUUCCAGGUUUAGCUGUGUUCUGUCACGGGUCAUAUUGGUUUAAUCAUAACGUAUUUUUUUUUCUAAAAUUCACACAAGUUGCCAGUUUUCUCUUUCUCUACAUGUCGCAUAUUGUAUUUCACAUAUAAAACACACUGAAAAUCGCCCUGAAACAACGGUAUUAUGCAUAGUCUUACUAUCAUUACGAUAUGGUACAAAAUGUCAUUGUUUAUUUCUUCAUGAGGAGCGAUUCUGAAGGUCUAACCAGUGAUGAAUGAAAUCUACUAAUAUGGCGAAUUGCGCUUUUGUUAAAAUAGGGAGAGAAAUUGAUCCUACCUUGGUUAUAAAUAUAUUCCAUGUUACCACCUAUGUUACCAUUUAUAUAUGUUUUUUUUUUCUUUCGUCUCAAUGGAUCUCCUCGCUGAAUGGUGAAAAAAUUACCCAAAAAAAUACAUUUUUUCUUUGUUUAAGUUGCAAAAGCCAUCAGCGGGGAAAACGGUGUUCCUUUUAUGUUACCAUGUGUGCUGAGGGUUGUGCAAGUCAUCGAGUCUUAGGUUAGUCUUGCAAGUGUGUAAGAUGUUUCGCAUGAAGGAAGUAUGUGUUCACGUACACGAAUAGGUGCGUUUGUAUGUAGAUUGUAAAAAAAAAAAAAAAAAAAAAAAAAAAAGAAAAAAAAAAAAGAAACAUCAAAUAGUACGGUUUCAUAUCUUCAUAAUGACGUAAUUUUCCCCCUCCACCUUCCCUUACCCAACCAAUCCACAUAACAUCUCCGCCUCCACCGUCCCACCCUAGAUAGACCCCCCCUUGUCCUAUACCCCCUCCCCACCAGCCUAACUACCCCCUCCCCCCACCCCACCGCACCCACAGCCUUCUUCUCUCGUAUCCGGAUUUUUGAAUAUUUUUUUUUUUUUCAUACACGAGAAGAAAAUUUCGGCCUUGUUUUCGUUGUUAUAUCUCUUGUUGCUUCUUUUAUCAUGUUACCAUUUUAGAUUAAGAAAUACAUAUAUCAUAGGUAUAUGAAUAUGGAUAUAUAUAUACACACAGUAUAUACAUAUAUAUAUAUAUAUA